AUGGUAUUAAUUCGCCCAGAAGAAAAUCAGAUCUCUAGUGAAGCAGAAGGACAAGCCGCGGCAGUCAGAGUAAAAGCUCCGAAAAGGAUUUUGCAUUUUUCAGAUGGAAUCUUGGAGGAAUACAGCACAGAUGAAGAAGACAACACUGAUAGCAUAAAAAAUCAACCUCUUGUUGAUCCCUCUACUUUGACGUGGGGACCAUGGUUUUGGUAUAAGGCUUGGGCUGCAGGAAAUACAACUUUAGGCGCCAUGGAUACAGCAGGAGAAUUUCUUGCUUCACUUUUUGGCAUUACCACCCCAAGGUACUAUUUCGAACUUGAAGAGUACAAAAGAAGGGAAGACCAGAAGAGGAGACAGCAUGAUAAAGAAGCUGGUUGGUCACAGCCAUCCGGUUCAAGUGUUUCUGUCCCCUUGAAAGAUAUGGGUGGAGCUAACAAACCAAUUGAUGUUUAAAUCAAGUGCUUGAAGAUUGGGAGCUUGUAACAUGUACCUCAAAAAAAAAUCUAUUUACUCAAAGCGUUUUAAGUGUUUUUUAUUAUAAAUUGUUCAGAAUAUUGAUAGGUUAGAGGCUUUAUUUAUGAAUGGUUAUAUGCAAUGUACAACGUUGCAAUAUGCAACGUUAUUGUGGCAUAGUACAUUCCAACAUUUGCAGCGGUAAUUAAGAAUAUAACUUUAUAUUGAUAAUUAGCGGUGAUCUAUAUUAUUUGUAUUUGUGUUUUUUUUAUUAAUAUAAAUAUUAACUGUUUAAAAGUAUUAUUUAUUUAUGUUAACAGUGUGUUUUCAAAGUUUUGAUCAUUGCAUUAACUAUAUUCCGAUUUCUUAUAUGUUUUAGAUAUUUAGCACCAUAUUAUAUCUAUUUAAAUUAUAUAAUAAACAAAUAUUUAAAUUGCCACUCAAGUCACAACAUAUACAUCAAAAAAGGGAUUAUUAAAUCAUUAUGAUAGAGCCCGAAACACUAGUUCUAAUGAACAUUCAUUUCAGGUAUAAAAAAACCUGCUAACAAAGGUUUUGACAAAGAAUGAUUACUCAUUGUCAUUUAUAAACAAGGAAUUUAAUAAGAUUAAAGAAAGGAGAUACCAAACACCACAAGCAAUCCAGAAACACACAAGAAGGGAUUCAAAGAUAUCAACAAUACCAUAUAUGUAAACAUCUUAUCAGAAACAUUUCAAUGGAUAGGAGAUAAGCACAUCAUAACAACAUUUAUACCUUAUUCCAUUAAGCGAUGCAGGGCAUAUAAACAACGAUAAAUUUAACGGAUAAUUGUUAAAGAUGUUCCAAAUGAGUCUACUCGUUCCGAUAAGUAACAGUAUAAUUAUGACACUUUAUUAUUUUUUUUUCUUUUCUCAAAUAUUCGUGUUUAUUGCAUAGUAAAUAAAUUAAUGUUAUCACUGAAUACAAAGUAAGUGAAAAAAUAAUCCGAUUUAUAAAAUUAAUGAAUAUUUUAUGCAUAAAUGCAAGUAACAGUUCGUCAAAAAUAUUUAAAAACUAAGGGAAAUGUCCAUCUUUAUUUCGUCUGGCGACGUUAUCGGCGGCUCAAACCGGUUCGGACACGAUUUAAUGUUUAUAUUUUCCUGCAUCGCUUAAUGAAUUUUACUAUAGAACAACUAACAUACUGAGAUCUAUCCUGUCCAAAACAAAACAAUAGGUUUUAAAUUUGAUUACCUCAGCAACAUAUAUCCUUUUCCUCUUCCUUUGUUCUAGCUUCAGUAAAGGUUUCACUGUUGCUAGUGAACAUUCUCCCAGGAUUCAACGGACAUUGAUGCAAUGCAAAUCUGGCAUUCUGUAGUAGAGCUGCAAGAGGUUGUACAUGGGAUCUGAAUUUGCUUACCCAUAGAACUUUGCUUGUCAGUGAUAAUGUUAAGGAAUGUUUUCCUCUUCAUAAUAUCGUUUUAACUUUUCGGGAUUAAACUUUUCUUUGCAAAUGGAAUCUUGAUUCAGAGGAAAAAAACAGAGGGUUUUCUAAAGCCAUUCACUAUAACAGGUUCUCGAAUACUGCGCUUCCAAUCUGUUGCAUCAAACAAAGCAUCCCAUGAAUACUUAAGCUGCUUGAAGACAGACAUAUCCAAAGAUUUUCCCGAUUUCACAUCUCUCAUUGCCAGUUUUAAUGCUUCUUCUGAAUACCUACUUCAGACACUACGAUAGAUAGUCUUUUAAUAUAUUUUCUUUGCAUUUUGCACCCAAAUACUGCACUGAUCAAGUAUUAUGUCAUGGUAAUUGUGGAACCCUUCCCAAUUACAUUAAUGGGUACAACCCAAUCCACAGUUACCCAAUUUCACUGUAUAAAACAUAACAUAGAAAGAUUCAGAGAUGCUAAACGAAAGUACUGGCGAAGAAAUGACAAGAAAUCGAUAUUCUACAAAGUAAAUAGUACGAUUUCAAUGUACAUAAGGUAAGAAACAUAACAGACAUAGUGAGGUAAGAAUAUUCUCGGGGAGAAAAUUCUCGUCGGUAAUUUUCUUAAAAUGCUUUUAGUAUUAUGGUUUACACACGUUAUCAAUCCGGUUGCACGUUGCCAUCUGAAAACGACAAAUGUUUCCACUUAUUCAGUAGCAAACUAGCUGGUGUGUGCUAAACACUUCAAGCCCAAUACUACUUGCCACUUACGCACAAGCUCCUGUCGCUGAACCUACUGUGAGUACAUAUGGCCAAUUUCCAGGUUAGCCGGCGAAUGGCGUGUAAAAUCGCCGGCAGAUCAACUUUUUCCAGAGCUUUUUUAUAAACAGCUGACGGAUCGAGUACACUGGACUAGUUUAGGAGCUGCCUUGAGGCCCAAAAGAUUUCUAAAUAAAAAGACUGAAGGGAAAUUGCAAUGGUGAAAACCAGAAAUAAUAUUCAUGAAAAAUACAAACAUAAUAUAUAUUUAAAUAAGUGAUGGAAGUGGUAGAACUUUUAACAAAUGUAUAGCAGAAAUAAAAGGGCUUUCAAUAAUAUAAAAACAGAUUCUUCAUACGCACUUCACUUUCUAGAUCAUAAUUAUUCUUUUAAUGGCCAAUUUAAAAUUCUUCACAUUAAAAAUAAAGACCUUAAAGUAUAUUUAUCAGAAUUUAUGGAAAUUAACAAAUUAAAAAAUACAGACAUAAUUCUGAAUGGGCAACUUGAAAUAAACAGUUCUCCCCUCCUCAACUUAUUUAGUUGAAGACUACAAGUGUACACAUACCAGAAAUACCUCACUUGAGAAAGGCACUCUACUGAAACAGCUAUAAUAGUGAUAUUAAAUUUUGUGGAAGUGUUGAAAACAAACGUUUUCAGUGUGUUAUAUUACAGUUGCAUGAAUGCACAGUCGACCAAUAUGUUUUAAGAUCAAAUCUGGAGAUUUGGUGGAAAGGAAUAAACCAAACUAAGUGAAUUAACGGAAGAAUGAGGAAAGAAAGAAAAGUAAUAUACACAAAUAAAAGGAGAAAGUUAUAGCAUUAAAUAUAGAUUAUUAAAAAAAAAUGCCAUUUAAAUACUAAUGUAGAGGAAAUUGCAAGCGCUUUAAAACGAUGUCUUAUUUGACCCUCAUCGCCAUUAAAAAAUGUUACGGUGAUUCUUAGGGAUCGAAAAUACCUGAAAAAUGUGUCAAAAAUCGACGUGUCGCUGGGUUUUUCAAAAAUUAUCGCAGUUCCUUUUAAUGCCCCUGUUUCGUUUUCGUGUAUGUAUAUAUAUAUAUAUAUAUAUAUAUAUAUAUAUAUAUAUAUAUAUAUAUAUAUACACGAAUAUAUAUUGAAAAUAAACUUAUUUGGUAUUUAUGCUACUAAAAAAUGUAUGAAGUAAUAACCCACUAUUGAUUUUUAUUUUUUAUUGAUAAUGUCAAUAAACUUCCACAUUCUCUAUCUAAUAAAUUAUUAAAAAGAAAAAAUAUUUAUAACUUUGACAACUAUACUUUAUUAAAUUGUAUUUCUAUAAGUUUAGAUUGGAUUGGAUUUGAUUUUUUUAUUUUUGAUUUUAUUUGAUGGGAUUUAAAUAAACGAGUGAAACAGAUUACCAUUCAAAAUAAUGCCUCCUUUUAUAAAUGUAUCUAUAUUUAAAUUAUUUAAAUUUGUUGCGUCAUGUUUGACAAUAAUUAUUGUACUUCAGAUGCCAAUUUUACUAUGUACCUACCUCACUUCUUACAUUUUUUUUAUAAAUAUGUGCCUUGCUUUUAUGCACUUAGUGAAGUUUAUUAGCUAAAUGAGUCAGGUAGAUCUAAAUUCGUAAGAAUGGUGUUAUUGAUUUACGAAACUCUAGAAUUUUGUUGUAAAGAGGGUAGGACAUUCCCUGAUAGCUUUUUUAAAUAAAUAGAACAGCAUAACAUCUACUAGGCGAAUCUGGCGUUCUUAAAUAGUUUUCUACUUCUUCUAGUGCCGAUUUCUAUAGUGCUGCUUUAUUUAAAAGUGUGUGUUCAAACUGAUUCAGUCGAGAAUGUUUUUCAGCUAGGAUAUUUGUGGUCUACAAAGACCCCUUUUUCCUUCGAUUUUACCCUUCAUAAUCAGCUGCAACAACUCGUACUACUAAUUUCUAAGUAUGUGCUCCAGAUAUGCUGUCUUUCUCCUUUUAAUGGUGGUCAAAAGUUCCAAAAGGUGGAUAUAACAUUUUACCAUCAGAUAUCGGAUUUGCAGAUUGAACCUUUGGUGGUUACUCAGAAAUUUGCUCAUCGUCAAAAAAGUUGCGCUUUAUUGCUCUAUUCUUGAUCAAAUAAACUUGUUUUUAUUGAUGUACUUUUAUUCUGUUAAUAAACUGCAUGUGAAUAUUUUUUUGUAUAAAUAAUAUUGAACAUGAGCACGUAUGCUUGGUUUUAAUGUAAUUUCCGGUCACUACCACAAACUUUAUCUAACGUAGCAAAGAAUUACCAAAUUUACUGUUGGGACUGGGAUCAGCAAACUGAGCGAACCUAGUAUACCGUAAUUACUUGUGAAAUUGUAACCUUUACAAAUUCUCUAUUUAAGUCUGUGGCGUAAGAUAUUUUGAAGUAAAUUAGGUGAUAAAUGCUAGUACAGCUUUAUGUCAUGUUAUACUUUUAUAUUAAACAAAUAUUAUAUACUUAUUAUAUUGUUCAAGCACUAUAUGUAUUAUAUAUUAAAUGAU